UCUCUCUUUCUCAACUGUGUAUCUCCAUCUACUCCCCCUCUUUAUUCACCAUGUACGAAUCCUACCGCCCCCAUCCCCUCCUGGCCCAGGUCCCCUUGACCGUCUCCCCGUUCAUCAACCUCCCCACUUCCGUCACUCUCCCCUACACCUACAAGUCCGUCCCCUCGACUCUUCCCCCCUCCGUAACCGUCGACCCCAGUAACCCCGACGCCAAACCUCGCUACGUUGUCUCGCCCAGUGGUGAGCACGCCGCCUCCCCAGAGGAGAUCCUCGCCUCCUGCAACUCCCUCGAGCAGCACCUGAACAAGACCCGCAGUGACGCCGAGAAAGCGAUUCAGGGCUGGGAGGACUCCAUCACCCAGCGCGAUCUAGCAGAAAAGAGGCGUGUUGCUCCGGGAUGGCUAGACAGAGACGAGAAGAUACUUCAACCCCUCCAGCCAAGUAAUGCGACGUCUGCACACAGUCAACCCCAACUGAGUCUCCUGGACAGCUCUUUCUCCGACCCCAGCGCGGCCGCAUUGCCCUCAAUGGUGCCGCGCGAUGAGGGUGAGGAGCUGGAUCGAGCAUUUGGCGGCCUGGACGUGAAAUGAGAGGCUGGAUAUGAUCUGGAAUACAAUCCUUGGGACUCACGGGAGGCCUUGAAUUGAUCCCUACCGCGGGAGACCGCAGGUGUCUGCAAUGGCCCCUUACUUUAGCGGGUUAGCACACUCAUCCCAGGCUGCGACAGUCCAAGCUUGCGCACUGCAUACUGCAAGAGAUCCCAGGUGCAGGGCUUUACAUCCGGACUACCUAGCUGGGCGGCAGUCCGCAGUAGUCCACUGCGCCAGACGAGGGAUAGCCAUGUUUGGUACCACCUGAACAUAGCAGACCAGGAUAUCGAUUAAGCUUAGAAGAUCUAGAAGUCAAUCAAGUAACACUGCCUAUUUACGC